AAAAAGAGAAAGCAAACAUGGCAGAUAUUUAAAGGAAAACAGAUAUGGAUUUGAUGGGAGGAAUCCCACCCACGGGAUCAAGCUCCCACCAUUUCCUUUACCAUUUCCUUCAACAUUUCCCUAAAAGAACCUUCUGUUUCGAAGCUAACCUCUCAAGGAAGAACACCCAAAAAUGGAGCUCCUUUGAAUCCUACUCAGUCACACUUCUGGAAGGCUCAGGAAUUCCUUCUUUUAACCGUCGCUCUUCCUCCUUCAAAACUUCUCUUCUUCAGAUUUUUUGAACCCCUCUUUUCCUAUUCCUAAAAGGUUAAAUGCUAAAUUUGGUCCCUCAACUUUAGUGAGUUGCAUAUUUUUGGUUCUUCAAUAAUUUUUUGUACUUUUUUGAUCCCUUAACUUUAAGAAAUGCACACCGUUAGU